AUGAUUUAGAACCUUCUGCAGAGGAUUUAAGACAGAGAAAGAAAACUGAUGAUUUCUUUGCUCAGACCUGCAAGUGUGAAAAACUUUAGGCAAACCAUGCAGUCAAGUUGUCGAUGGUAAUGAUAUUACUGACUUACGUAUGUAUUCAGCCGGUAUGCAGAUAGAUGAACUUGAUCUUGUUAUUAAAUCAGCCAUGUUGUGCCACAGAAAAAAAGGCCAACAAACUGACAGUUGUAAACAUAAACGACAGGAGAUGGUUAGGCCCAGUCAGUAGUUUUUAGUUUAAGGGAGUUGAAGUUUGGCGUGAGGUAUUCUGUUUCGCAUACAACAUCGGAAAGGAGAAACUAAAAAGAAUUGGUCGCUCUCUUGACAAUGAUGGAUUGAUUGCUAGGACUCAUGGUAAUACCAAAAGACUACCUCAUAAUGCAAUCACAUUUGAGGAAAGAGAACACAUAAGAAAAUUCCUCAUCUGCUAUGCAUCUGACAAUGCAAUGCCCGUUCCCGGAAGACUUCCAAACCACCGCAAUAGUUCAGAGUCAUGUUCCUUAGAUGCAACCGUCCACUACAGCUGGGACUUUGCACAGCAGGUUCAUAUUCCACACCAUAGCCAACAGGUUGGACCCCUGUAUUUCAAAACUGCCGGAGGAGAUGUGAGGUAUUUGGAGUUUGCUGUGAAGGAUCUGAGAAACAGGUGUUUUGCCUGGGUGAGGCACAUGCUCAGUUCCACUUUGACAAUUGCCAAGGACAACAAAAAUAAUGCCGUUCUUGGUUAUGCUGUGUGGAGAACAUUGACAGGAGGGCAUAAGACAAUCCAAUACUCACUGAUGCUAGCCGGCCACACCAAAUUUUCAUGCGACUGGCAUUUUGGAGUUUGGAAAAACAGAAUGAGACACAUGGAUGCAGAGACAGUUGAGGAGGUGGCUUCCACAGAAGCCAUGUCAUCCCGUAAUGGCCACAACAUUCCACAUAUUGUUGAUGGCAACAGCAAACAAGUGUCGUUCUAUGACUGGAGCACCUUCUUCAAAGGCGUUUUCAAACCAUUGAAGAACAUUUCGAAAUACCAUUCAUUUGAGGUGUCUUCUAACGAGCCUGGGGUUUUAAGAGUAAGGAAGUUUGUUGAUGCCCCUGGGGAGAAAAUUAACAUACUGAAAAACUGCCAAGUGGAUAUUGGUGUUCUGCCAGAGCAGAUCUUUGGUGAGGGAAUAAGUGCAGAAAGGCAAUGGUACUUGCAUGAUGUAAAAAGAGACUUUUGCAGAUCAGAUAAUGCUAAAAACACAACAUGCCCAUUGCCAUUAGUUGCAAAAGAAGGCUAUUCAAAGGCCAAAAAACAAAAGUUGAAAUAGGCAACUUUAUUGAGAACACUUUCUGUGUGUGUUUCAGCAAAAGAUAUAGUUUGUUUCUUGCUAUAAAUAUAUUGGCAUGUGUAAGUGGAAGUUUUAUGUUUUCAUUUACAUUCAAAGAAUAUAUUUCUUUGUGUUACAUUGAUAAAAUAUUCAUGAUCUUAGGAAUGUAUGGUUUCCUUGGCAACCAAAAGUAACACACUUGAUUGAUCAUUAAAUACUUAUGUAUAAACAUGUAUUUCAAUUAUGGGAAUAUCAUUGAACAGUCGGCCAUCUAUAAGUAAAGUAUGAUGGCAUUUAUAUUUUCCAUACACGACUGCAGUAUAAUGUGAAAGUGUACAUUUAUAAGUCUAUAUGUUAAUAGUUAUACAUUAAUAUAGUUUCAAUAAUCCUUGCAUGCAUAUGUUUGUUGUCAAUUUUGUCAAAUAAGGCAUGUGUCAAUGCUUUCCUUGUAAAUACAUUUCAUUCUGUGUCAUC